CGGCAGCAUUGUACUACUCAUAUUCAUCUUCAAACUCAGGGGCGGAUCAUGCUUUUGGUACCUCGAAAAGUGAGGGUUUGCUCAUGGCACUGGAGGUAGAGCCAGAUUGGGACGUCUAUUCGUCAGAGCAGCGAAACCACAUCGAGACUACGUGGACAAAACGCGCAGUGAAAGAGGGCACGCUUCUAGCACUUUCG